AAUCGGUAUGCGUUUCAACAAUCGAUUAAAUGAGUCCAUCUCUCUAUUUUGCGGGGGGAAAAAAUAAGGUUUUUUUCCAAAAUCGAGUACCUUCGGGAACCUCAAAGAAAAAUAAAGUACCUUAAUGUAGUACUCCCGGUACAUCAUGAAUCAAGCUAGAGUACUGAUGACUUUAAUUAGCCCGGUAGUUUGGCUUGACAACAUUACUCAACGGCUUGCAGCCUGUGUUUCCGAAGUGAGUUAACUGAGUCAUUUUUGCAUUAAAGUCUAUCUCUAUAUCAAUUUUCAUAAAAAACUCAUCGUUGCUUCGAUAUACGGGAGUACUAACUCAAACGAAAUCGGUGUCUCGCCAGGCCUUUUUGCCCCAGUGUCGCCUUUCCUCUUAAUUUUCUGUAUAUUGACGAAUAAUCUCUAUUUCUGGACUUUUGAUGUGGCACUCUUACCACUAUACUAUAAAAAUAACGAUCACUGAUUAUACUGUGGAAUUUUAUCAGCGAUCUUGGAUCGAUCAUAGACAUUCGUCGAUAAAUUACCAUCUCCUGUAAUCAUAAGUGAUUACGUUCGUGGCGGUAGCUGACCAACUUCAUUUGAUUGGCAAUAAAAAUAUCAAAAUUCUUAGUGCAUUAAAUUAAUGAUGAUUUGAUUGAAAAAAAGGGCCUCCUGAUAAAAAAUCUAAUAAAUAUUAAAAAAUAUCACAAAAUGUUUUUGUAUACUUUAUUAUGUGGAGGGUAUCGAAAAAGGUUGUAGUGGAUUUUCUGACAUACUUGGGAGGUUGUAUCCGUGCCAGCUCCGAUCUCAAUGACCUGGAUAACGUAUCAGAUGCGUUCGAGAUCGAGGACGUACAAGUUCAUGUUCAGCCGCAAAUCUUCAGGAUACCGGUAGAAGAACCGGAGUCGCAACAACAGCAAUGUGAGCCCCUCCAGCAUCGACCGGAUGCGCCUGGAAUAAGACGGCGUUCACCACCCGAACUGGUAAUAAAGGUGCGACAAGCCAUCGAGGAGAUGGUCGUGCUGCAGGAGAAAACUUGCCAGAAUCCUUCAGGGGAUCAUGUUCAUCUACCACCAGUAUCUCAUCAACCAGUAAAUAUAUGUGAGUUUGCCAUUGACUGGAGAUAAAUGUUCAUGAAUUUUCCGUAGCAUUCACAUUGGACUACUACAACUUGUUUAAGUUUUGAAUAGAACAGGAUUUUCACAAAAAUAAGAAAAUGUAAUCAUAGUGAAGAAAAUAAAUGAUGGGUUUACAUGAAACCAAUAAUGCCACACGCAAGU